UUUCCCUGACGUGAACAGCGCCAACCUCACUCCUGCGGCCUGGACUUCCUUAAAAAACACCAACAUGCAGCUGACGACUGAGUGGAUUGUGAACAAUCUUUAACCGCUUCGAUCCAAGGUGCAGCAGCCGACCGUGUGGCUGCACCGCCGACUGACUGAAUGGCCUUGCUUUUGUUUGGAAGACGUUUGCUUAAAUGCAGCACGGACGUCAGGAAGAUCGUGGAAGCGUCACGGCCGUAUUGCUCUUCGGUGUCCUCUGGCAGGCAGCGUGUUAACGGCAUUGAUCUGUACUACGAGCAAACAGGAAGAGGGAAGCAUGCUGUUCUUCUGCUUCCUGGUGCUCUAGGGAGCACAAAAACAGAUUUUGGUCCUCAGUUGAAGUCUCUGAACAAAGAAUGCUUCACUGUGGUUGGCUGGGAUCCCCGCGGAUAUGGACAGUCCCGUCCCCCAGAUCGAGACUUCCCUUCUGACUUCUUUGAAAGGGAUGCAAAGGAUGGAGUUGAUCUGAUGAAGACUAUGGGCUUUAAGAAGUACUCUCUGCUGGGUUGGAGCGACGGGGGAAUCACUGCUCUGAUUGCAGCUGCAAGGAACCCUGAGCUGAUAAAAAAGAUGGUUGUCUGGGGAUCUAAUGCCUUCGUUUCUCAGGAUGACCUCAAGCUUUACAACAUGGUCCGUGACGUCUCCAAGUGGAGUGCAAGGAUGCGGCAGCCCAUGGAGGAAGUGUACGGAGUUCAAGCGUUUGCUAAAAUAUGGGAGGACUGGGUGGAUGGCAUUGCUCAGUUUGCUAACAGACCAGAAGGAAGUAUCUGCAUGGAACUUCUACCGCUGAUCAGCUGUCCCACCCUGAUCAUUCAUGGAGAGAAAGACCCCAUGGUGCCCAGCUUCCACCCUCACUACCUCCACAAAAACAUAAAAGGGUCACGGUUGUAUUUAAUUCCAGAGGGAAAGCAUAAUCUUCACCUGAGGUAUGCUGAGGAAUUCAACAAACUAGUUGAAGACUUUCUGGAAGAAUGAGGCACACCACCGAUCUUCUGUAGCCCGCAAACACUAAUCUUUGUCUGAACUACUUUACUGUAAUUUACUUGCAAAUUUUCUUCCUUUUUUUUUUUCAAAUAAAAAAAAUCUGAGAUGUA